CUUUGAAGAAACAAUAUGCAGUUCUCAUAACAUUUUACUGCCAGUUUUAUCAUCAUGUGGAUCUUACCUAUUGUCGGAUAUCUGGGGGUAGCGGUCGGCUUUGGUUUCCUGACUACUGCUAUUGGUAAGUUUUAAACUAUUUUAAAGCCUUGGGUUUCUGGGCACGCGUCUCUCUCCAGAUUUCAUGGGAGAUGUUAUGUUAUGUUAUGGUAUUUUGGUAUUGAUGCUGAUUUAAUAUAUGCUAUAGCUUCAGGAUUAUACUAUCUCUCCGAGCUCGUCGAAGAACACACGGUAAUGGCAAAGCGUUUCUUGACACGAAUGAUAUAUGCGAUUAUUGGGCUCCAAACCCUUUUAUGUGUAAUCGAUGGAUUUAGUUUUAAACUAAGCGUCAUGAGUAUUCUUUCUCAUUUGGUGUACUUGGGGAAUAUGAGGAAAUUUCCCGUAGUUCACUUGAGUAAUCCUCUGUUUCUCAUUUCAUGCGGUAUGCUCUCCUCCCUUUAUUUGCAAAUGCAAAAAGUAGACGGAUACUAAUACUCAAGUAGCUCUGGUGUUAGUAAAUCACUAUCUUUGGUUCCGCCACUUCGCAGCUGGUCCUAUUAGAACCCCUACUUCCAUUUACGAUACGUCCGGAUAUCCCGAUUUUACGCAAAUAGCUUCAUAUUUCGGGUUAUGUGUAUGGUUGACGCCGUUUGCGCUUUUUGUGUCGUUGUCUGCGAGUGAUAAUGUGUUGCCGACGAUGGGGAGCGAGGAACCGAGUAUGCCGGAGGGAUCUGGGAAAGUAAAGGGGAAGAGAGAGGGAAUUGCAAAAGUUAUUAUUGAUUCGGUUAGGAAUGGGAUUGCGGAGUUGGGCAGGAUUGCUGGGUUCUGGAAGGAAGAUAGGGGGUUUUGAUGGGCAGUGUGCCUUUCGAUUGUAUUAUAGCAUAGCUGAGAUACCAGGUUUCGGCAUGACGAGUUGUAUGAUUUAGUGUUGGACUUUUCAAAUGGAGUUUGGGAAGCAGUAGGGCUGGGCAAUUUUGUGAAAAUUGACCAAUAUUGGAUAUUGUACUGUGGUAAUAAUGUGCAAUAUAAUAAAUAAGCAAGCU